UGUUUCCGAUCCCUCAAAACUAUGCAUCUCAUAGAAGUGUGCUAUAAAGGGGAGUGUUUUCACAGGCUUUUAUCAAGUUGCCCGCUUCUUGAAGAUUUAACUGUGGUAUGGUAUUCCCGUAGGGAGGAAAGUUACACUAUUGCAUUGCCGGGCUUACAAAGAUUAUCCACAUAUAACACGCCUGGCUUCGGAUAUGGCGGGUUGGUGAUAAAUGCUCCUUCUUUGAAGUAUUUGCACAUUGUAGAUCAUGACACUGAUACCUCUUUGGUGGUUGAGAACAUGCCUGAGAUUGUGGAGGCAAUUGUUGACUUGUUUAAUGUACCAUCUCAGAAGCUUCUAGGUUCUCUUACAUCAGUUGAGCAUCUUUCCUUAGCUGUCGAGCGGGGUGUGCUGCUUUUGAACGGCAUUGUGUUCCAUCGCCUUGUUCAUCUCGAGUUAUUCACACGUGGCCAAGACUGGUGUGAUUUACUUGCAUAUAUGCUCGAAGGUUCUCCUAACCUGCGAGUUCUGAAACUCAAGAAUUCGCAGGACAGGUUGUAUUCAAAUGAAUCAAAUCCCUGGACUUGGUGGAAACAACCAAAUCAUAUCCCUCUAUGUUUAUUGUCCAGCCUUGAAACUUUCCAGUGGAAAGGUUACCAGGGAUCAUUCCGGGAAAAAGAAGUGGCAAAGUACAUCCUAUCAAAUGCUGCAUGUUUGAAGAUGGCAUCUAUUUACACUGAGAAAUACAUCAAUGUGGAAGAGAAACUUCGGAUCGUAAAGGAAUUGGCUUCCAUGGCCAGGGGUUCAACUUCAUGUCAGCUUAUUUUCGACUGAUAUUAUACAUUAACUUUUUUUUUUGGGGUGGGAGGAUAUGCUAGAAACGCUUUCCCAUAGACUCUUGUAUAAAACUCUUCGGUAAGAUUGUGUGGGUUGCUCUGAUAUGAAGCAUCUGCUACUCUAUUCUCUAAUUUUCCCUGUUAAAGAAUAGUUCAUUGUUUUUGCUGAUUCUACUGUGUUUCUGAAAUCUGUAUUAAACUCUCUUGCUGCAUUGAAGUUUAAGUUGCCUUGGUCUUGAA